CUGUCUCGCAAAUUUCUCACAUUUAUUCUGUGAUGUUUGAUCUGAAAGCUCAGAUCAGAUUCAGCAUCGGAUGGUUUCAGACUGAGAUCGUCAGAAGAUCCAAAAUGAAGAUUCUGGUGUUUCUGUGUUUUGUGGGGUUGAUGUUUCACGGCUCUGAUGCAGUGACUCAUUCUCUGAAGAAUUUCUUCACCGCUUCCUCUCAAGUCCCGAACUUCCCAGAGUUCGUGGUUGUUGGAAUGGUUGAUGAUGUUCAGAUGGUUUAUUAUGACAGCGACACCAAAAUGAUGGCUCCUAAACAGGACUGGAUGAAGGAGGCUGUGGAUCAGCAGUACUGGGAGAGUCAAACUCAAAUCGCUCUGGGUGAUCAGCAGACCUUCAAAGCCAACAUUGAAAUAGUAAAGCAGCGCUUGAACCAAACUGGAGGUGUUCACGUGAAUCAGAGGAUGUACGGAUGUGAGUGGGAUGAAGAGACUGGAGAGGUCAAAGGUUAUUUUCAGGAUGGUUAUGAUGGAGAAGACUUCAUUGCUCUUGACCUGAAGGAAGGAUUGUGGAUUGCUCCAAAACAGCAAGCUGUCAUCACCAAGCAAAAGUGGGACAGUAACAAAGCUGGAAUAUCAUUCUAUCAAAACUACUUCACCAAAGAGUGUCCUGAGUGGCUGAAGAAAUACUUGAACUCAGGAGAGAAAUUUCUGAGGAGAACAGAGUUUCCAUCAGUGUCUCUCCUCCAGAAGUCCUCCUCCUCUCCAAUCAGCUGUCAUGCUACAGGUUUCUAUCCUAAUAGAGCUGAACUGCUGUGGAGGAAAGAUGGAGAGGAGAUCCAUGAAGGAGUGAAGAAAGGACAGAUCCUCCCCAACAAUGAUGGAACUUUCCAGAUGAGCGUUGAUCUCCAACUUCCAUCAGGAGAAGAAAUGCAGAGAUAUGAAUGUGUGUUUCAGCUCUCUGGAGUAGAAGACAAAAUCACAAAACUGGAGAAAACAAAGAUCAGGACCAAUGAAGAGUCCUUUGGUCAGGUGAUGAUCAUUGUUGGUGUCAUCGUUGUUGUUAUCCUUGUUGUUCUCGCUGUGUCUGCAUUCAUUCUUUACAAGAAGAAGAACGCCAAGCGUCCACCAUCCCCUGUAGAGAACAAAGAGGUCCAGCAGCAGAUGCUUCCAGAACCAAAUGCCUAAGAAAUGAAAUCUCCUCUGAACGGUUUUGGAAUCAAAUCUUCAACAAAUUAAGCAGCAAAAAAAUUGCCUUUUCCUCUUAUGACAGUUUAUAAAAAUAACCCAAGAAUGUUCUUUUUUCAAAUUAUUAAGAGUUAACACAUCUAAAAGAAUGAUUUAUACUUUAAAAUACUUGUAAAAAAAAAUGACAGCAUGCAGACAGACACAUUUUAUCCUUCAAAGCCUAAAAAUACCAGGAAAAAAAACAAGACAACUUUGAGUUUGGUUCAGAUGCUUUUUUUUUCCAGUAAAGUAUAAAAUCGUUUUAAUGUAUCAAUGAUUUCACAUCUGAAGUAAAUUAAAGCGGUUUGUUCUGUAAUGAUCGUUUAUCUCUGCUCAUUUAAAAAUUUUGUUUCAGUUCUAAAUAUUUUUUGUCUUUUUUCAUGAUCCGGUUGUAUAUUUUGAAGCUUAUAGAUAGAGGUAACACACUGUGUGAUUUGAGUUACUCUUGAGUUAUUAAAGAAACUCUCCUAAACUGAUUUUCAGCUCAUUUGGUUUUGGUUUUUGUCUUAUCGUUUGCUUUUCUUCUUUUAUUGACUUUUUAGUUUUUGAUUGAUUUUAAAUACUAUUUUAUGUAGACAUUACUAAUAUAAAAGUUGGGAUUAAAUCACUCUGUGGGGAAACACAUUUUCAGUUGAAUUUCUGUUUUAUGCUUUUCUUUGUUAUUUUUUCCCUAAAUAAAACCUGUUAUAAAUCCA